AUGGAAAUAAUCAUUAAGGUAUUAUUGUUGUUUCAACUAAUUUUUCUUUGUUUGUGUCAUUGCCAAAGCAACACGAAUUCAAAUUUGGAUUUAUACUAUCAUCUUUUAGACUCUUCUAAAUAUAUUUCAAAAAUCAUACCAAUGUGCGGAAAAGAGGAAAAAGUAACUGUUAGAAUUGCAAUGGCAUUGAGAGACAUUGUAGAAGUUAAAGAAAAACAACAGCUAAUCCGCCUGAAAAUAUGGGUUCGUUUGAAAUGGAGAGACUGCAAACUGCAAUGGGAUCCGCCAAAGUUUCAGAAUCAGACCGAAUUGGUUGUACCGUAUUCCGAAAUUUGGAUUCCCGAUAUAACCCUUUAUGAAGGAGUAAGCGAUGAAGGAAAUAUGCCUGAUAUGGAUGACUACAGAGCUAGCAUAAGUUAUACAGGGGACGUGACGUACAAUUUUCCGAGUAUUGUGACAGUCGUAUGCAAAUUCAAUGUGGCAUACUUUCCUUUCGAUCACCAAAUGUGCAGCAUGAAGUUCGGUUCCUGGAUAUAUUCGGGAAGGAAUAUUGACUUGGAGAAAAUCACGGACAAGGUUGACAUUUCUAGUUUCCGUAAGCAUAAUGAAUGGGAUGUGGUUGAAACCGCUGCAGUUAGACACAUCAUUUACUAUGGUUGCUGCCCAGACCCUUUUCCGGAUGUCACGUUUCAUAUUCAUAUCAGAAGAAAUCCUUUAUUUUAUGUGAUAACGAUUAUUUUUCCAUGUAGUUUGAUUAAUCUUCUGUCCCUUAUGGGUUUUGUUCUCCCUCCAUUUUCCGGAGAAAAGAUUUCAAUACCGAUAACGGUUCUCCUCUCAACGACAGUGUUCUUGUUGCUCGUGCAAGACAAAUUUCCAUCGGCGUCUGAAGAUUUUCCCCUUCUUGCUAUGUAUUUUGCAAUUUGUAUGCUACUGGUAUGCAUCUCGUGUGUGUUUUCCAGUGUAGUUUUGCACGUUUAUAAUAGAUCACCCGAAGAACACCAGAUUUCUCCACUAUUUCGUGCAAUUUUCUUGGACAAGGUCAGAAAAAUCAUGUGUGUGAAAUUUGAUAAAGUCAUUAGAGACGAUGAACUUGUUCAAAUCAAGGACAUUCGUUACUUAGAGAAGGAACCAAAAGAUAUUACUCAACAACAAUGUGUAGAAAAGCGCAGAGAAGAGCCUUAUUUAGGCAGAAAACUGUCGUCUGGAAAAGCGGAAAUUCCAGACUAUCCCUGCGAAAAUAAUUCCCAUGCUUCUUAUGAUCAACAAAAGGGCCAUAUUACCAACGAAUGGGAGCUCUUUGCAUGCAUUUUGGAUCGCCUUUUCAUGUUCGUCUAUUUGUGUUUAGCUUUGGCCAAUUGCAUUGUUUUUACAAUUCUUAUGAUCAAGUACGAAGGACAAGACAUUCUUAUGUAAUUGAUGCUUUUUCCAAUUGUUUUAUUAUUUGAAGUGCCUUUCCCACGUUCAAAAAAUAAAUACUGUAAAACUCUAUUGUAAAUAAGAAACAAAUUAGAUUUUCAUUUUUAUACCCAUAUAAAGCCAAUAUAUAAAAUUGUGCUAAUUUGCAACGCAAAAAAAUACAUUUAUUGUUACGUUCAAAGUAAAAGAGGACAUCAUGCCAAAAAAAUAUGUAAAUUUCUCAAAUAUGCAAUUCAAGUGAAAAAUAACA